CAUGGAAGCCCGGCAGUCGGAGUACCCGAAGCCGUCAGCUUGCAGGAACCUCUUCGGGCCGGUGAAUCACGAAGAGUUAAACAGGGACUUGAAGAAGCACCGCCAGGAGAUGGAGGAGGCAUGCCAGAGGAAGUGGAAUUUCGAUUUCCAGAAUCACAAGCCGCUGGAAGGCAGGUACGAGUGGCAAGCCGUGGAGAAGGGGAGCUCGCCCGACUUCUACUUCAGACCCCCUAGGCUACUGAAAGCUGUCUGCAAGUCCGCCGGCCGCCAGAGCUUGGAUGUAAACGGGAAUUGCCAAACCGUGGUUUUUGUCGGUUCUCAGGGAAUCUCAGAGGACACUCACUGUGUAGGUCAAAAGACUGAUGUUUCUGAAAAUCAGACGGACUUUGCAGAGCAGUGCACUGGGCAGAGGAAAAGACCUGCCACCGAUGAUUCCUCUCCUCAAAAUAAAAGAGCCAACACAACAGAAGAAGAGGUUUCAGAAGACUCCCCCAGUGCCAGUUCAGUGGAGCAAACGCCCAAGAAAUCAAGCCCAAGAAGACAUCAAACGUAAACCGUUUAGAGCGGAGGGUGUGCGUGUCCUCCCGCGGCGGGGGGCGACGGAGAGAGGACGACGGAAAGUUGUAGUGGAGACGAGAGUAACAUAUCGCCGAUCUCCGGGGGAUGGAGGUCCUGUACAAGCACUGAAAAAACAAAAAAAAACCAACAACAACAACAAAAAAAACAA